UAAAUAAAACUACGACGUCAUCAAUCAGCGCCCGUGUUGUGUCAACAAGCUAACAGGGAAACCGUCGGUGAAGUUUGAACGUCAACUCCUACGUCUAAUGUUGAGUGUUUGGCUCUGCAGAACUGAAUGAGGUGCAGCUUUCUGCCAGUGCUGUUUCAUAAGUGCUGCUGCUGCUGCUGCCAGGAUGGGCCAGCAGCUCUCAGGUCAGAUGACUCAUCUGCCUGAGAAGCUGGUGAAACACGCCGGACUGGUACGGGACAGCGGCUACCUAACCUACGAGGAGUUUCUGGCAAGAGUGGCCGAACUUAACGAAGUUACGGCCAAGCUAGCUUCAGGACAGCAGAAACACCUGCUGUUUGAGGUUGAGCCAGGAUCCGAUGCCACGGCCUUGUGGAAGGUGGCUGUCAGGGUGCUCUGUACCAAGAUCAACAAGGAAAAUGGUAUGUUGGAAGCAUCACGCAUCAUGAACCUGUACCAGUUCAUCCAACUGUACCGUGACAUCACCAGCCAGGCUGCUGAGGUGCUGUCUGCAGAGGGCGCCACCAAGGGCCCGUCUGCCCAGCUCCCCUCCACAGACUCCUGCCAGGCCAGCAUGUGGAUGGGCAGAGUGAAGCAGCUGACUGAUGAGGAGGAGUGCUGUAUCUGCAUGGACGGAAAGGCCGACCUUAUUCUGCCCUGCGCACACAGCUUCUGUCAGAAGUGCAUUGAUAAAUGGAGUGGGCAGAGCCGAAACUGUCCGAUAUGUCGCUUGCAAGUGACUGCUGCCAAUGAAUCAUGGGUAAUGCCUGAUUUCCCCACAGAGGACGACAUGGCUGGCUACAUACUCAACUUGGCUGAUGAGGCGGGUCAUCCACACAGGCCUUAACACACAACACAAUGGGCCAAUUAGAUGACAAGAGAAAUCGACCCGCACCAAGUAGACACAAAAUGUCACAUUCACUGAGGAAGAGAUUUUUCCUAAGUCCUAAACAAAAUCCCAGAAUGCUUUUUGUAACCAAAGUAUUGUAGAUGUGGUACUUAAUGAGAACUUUGUGUGAUAAAACGUUGUCUGAAGUUAUAAUUCAGUAUUUGUAAAAUGAUAUAAUAAAUUAUAAUCUAAUAAUUUAACACACAUAAUAACCAAAAGUACAGGUCCUACAGUAAUCUUUGGGUUAAUUUAACCAACAUGGGAGGGAAGGGAAGACUUGCGUUGGGAUAAACUAGGCACUUUAUUAUAGGAAUCCUGAUCCUCAUAUCAUGUUGAUAUGAAUGGGACAAAGGAGGUGAAUUAAGGUAAGACCUCAUAUUCAGAAAUGGUAGAUAAGUAUGGCUCAUCUAUUCAUAGUCCUGAAAUUGAAAUGAAUAGUUCAACAUUUUCUAGAAUACGCUUAUUCUCCUUCAGCAUAAACACUGGAAAUGGGGAGUUGGAAACAGCAAGCCUGGCUCUGUCCAAGCGUAACCAAAUUAUCCUACCAGCACCUCUAAAGCUCACUAAUUAAUUAACAUGUACAUUGUUUGUUUAACCAUACCAGAACCAAAGUUUCAAACAAGCUUAUGACGUGUUAAUUGAAGUGAGCUUUCGAGGUGGUGGUAGGUGGAUUUUGUUACCGUUGGACAGAGCCAGGCUAGCUGUUUCCCUGUGUCAAGUAUUUAUGCUACACUAAGCUAACCGGCUGUUGGCUCUAGCUUUAUAGUUAACCGACAGACAUGAGAGUGGUAUCAAUCUUGUCAUCUAACGCCGCCAGAAAGUAAAUACCGGUAAGUGUUUUUUUCC